AUGAAACAAGGAUUGAGCAACAUAGCCUCGUUUCUCGCGUCAUUAUACUCCGCUGGCUAUCGCUGGCAUCCCGGCGGUGAUGUUGGUACGGUUGCAUUGGCUGUAAUGACAGGUAGAGACAGCAACUACCGGGACCGAGCUUAUUUGUCCUUGAAUCCUGCUCGCGUUAAUAACCAGGCUGGGCCAGAAGGGCGAUGGAAUGGAGCUGCAGGUGCAGUUGUCGUGGAUGAGCUCGAAGCGGCCAAUGACUCCCGCCGCCGAUUAUCUCUGCCGACUCGCUUCGACUUCAACCUUGCUCCGAUUCCCACUCUCCCCAAGCCAUCGGCUUCCCUACUCCAGUCCUUCCACGCCAAGAGCAUGCCGGAUACGAAGAAAACCCUAAAGGCAGCUAUUAUAGCCGAGAUGGCUUCAGAUGGACUUGUUGCCACGCGGACGCGGCCAGGCUGCAAUCUCACUGCCUGCGGAAGAGCGAACAGAGUACGACCUAGUACGAUGGCAAUAGAGCCAAUCCCCUAA